UCCCCUCUAGAAAACUAGCCGUUACGAGGAGCCACCAAGCCUAACGUUCGAAUUUCUCCCCCUUCAAACCCUAAUGUCCACUCUUCCUUCCUAUAAAAUUACAAAGUAUUUAGAUCCGUCUUAAGAUCAUAAUCAGUCUAAAAAUCCUUCUUCGUGGAGUCAUUUCUUCCGUGUCGAACGUCUUUGAGAUCAAAUUUUGGGUUUGGAGACGCCAGAAUGACGACUCCUGUGAAGAAACCUCGUGGCCGGCGACCUCAGACCUCGGAAAAUUGGAAGUUCCCUGAGAAUUCUGACGCCAGUGUUCUCUGCUCCACUCCUUCUCGGAAGCCCGUGACAUCGACCCCAACCUCGGAAGCACGCAAGUUUUCGGAGAAUUGUGAUCCCAAUCUUCCUGUUUCCACUCCUCGGAAAGUCAUGAAGUCGCCCGCAACGAAGCCGCUGAAUUCAAAGAAGAAGCCGAACCCCCAAACCCCCGGUCGGACCUUGUCGUCUGCUUCCCCGGCCCAAGAUAGGAAACCUGUCAAUGCCAAGAAGAACUCAAUUAAGGGGGGGAAGGAUUUGGAGCCCAAGAAGGGUUGUCGAGUACUCUGUGAGUCUCCCUGUGCACCUGAAGAAGUGUUCAUCGCAAAAGAUCAUAUGAUCAGAGCUGGUGUGGUCGUAGAGGCAUCCCCAGUUGAAGAUGAUGGGUCUAAAAAAGUCAUACAGAAGAAGAAUUGGGUUACUGAGAGCAAGGAGCCGUUGGCGGGAAGCAGGCGUUCAGUCGUGGAAGAUUUAGGUGGUCAGGAUUCGAGAGGUAGUUCAAAGGUGAGGAAGAUAAGGAGUACGAUUCUUGAAGAAGCCAUGAGCACCAUGCCAGAGCCUGGGGCUGGGCGGGUGAUGUAUUUGGUAAAGACGUUCGAGAGGCUUCUCUCCAUCUCGAAGGACACAGAAGGCAGAGAAAAAAUAGAGAACAAGAAGACGGUGAUGAAUUGGGCGUUGCCAGGCUUGCAGCAACCUCCAAAGGCCAAGGAAACUGAGGUUUCCUCUUCCCCUGUGUCCUCUUCAUCAGAGUUCAUCCCUGGAAGGGGCUUUGAAACAGACUGCAGCGACCACUCUUCAGUGGACAGCAAUGAUGAUAGAUUGAGCUGGGGGAGCAGUUCAUCAGAUGAUGGACGAAGGAGUAGACGAAAUAGCACUGGUUCUUCAGGAAGGAGCUGGAAUAAGAAGCUGAAAGUGACAAGCCAGCAGCCAUUCAAGUUGAGGACUGAGCAAAGAGGAAGGCUCAAAGAAGAGCAUUUCCUAAAGAAACUGAAGGAAAUGCUUUUGGAGGAGGAGAAACAGCGCAUACCAAUUGCUCAAGGACUCCCAUGGACCACAGAUGAACCUGAGUGCUUACUGAAGGCUCCCAUAAAGGAACCCACUGAGCCAAUCGAUCUCAUUCUUCACAGCGAUGUGCGCGCAGUAGAGCGUGCUGAGUUCGAUCUUCAGAUUGCUGAGCGUCUGAAUUUUCUUGAGCAAAUUAAUGUGGAGAAGGAAAGGCAGCGAAAGUUGGAAGAAGAAGAGGAAAUACGGAGACUCAGAAAAGAGCUCAUACCGAGAGCUCAGCCCAUGCCCUACUACGAUCGGCCUUUCAUCCCGAAAAGGUCAACAAAGCCCAAGACAGUCCCUAAGGAGCCAAAGUUUCACACUCGCCCUCUCAGAUCAUGGGAAAUGACUUGAAGAAAUGUUAAUAUGUCAGACUUCCAAAUGACUAUUGGAAGGCUAGUUUCUGAUGUUCAGACUGUCCGCGAUCUCGUCAUGGGAACGCUGUUCUCCUCAGAGGCAUUAUCUGUCAUCAAUUUCUUAACAUUUGGCAUGGUGUAUUUGUUUGAGUUAUUGUUCAUGCAUUCCAUUUCUCUCCGCUGGCACCCAUGAUGUCCUUGUGUUACCGGGGAUGCUUUUUAUGUUGGAUUUGUCCUUCCAAAUCUCUUACUAUACUUUUCAGGUGGAAAGAUUUUGUCCAUAUAUGAUGAUGUUUGCAAAAGAGAGUUCAUCCUUUCGUCUC